UGCCCGGGUGCUGCGGCUAAGGCGGCUGAUUGGGCAGCGCCCGGCGCUCUGCGCCGCGGGGCCGGGCUUGGCCGGCGGGGCCAGGCCGAGGGUGGCGGCGGGGUCGCCCGGGAGCCCUCCGUCAAUACCCGCCCCGGGGGGAGGCCGCCCCCCCGCUGGGCCCUGCCCCCUCGUCCCCCCACGGCCGCGGAGGGGCGGCCGCAGGCUCAGCCUGCCCCCGGCUGGCGCAGGAUGCAGAGGCCGGCGGCCAGGAGGGCGGCGCAGCAGCCCGGCGCGGGGAAGGAGGGCGCCGAGGUGGCGAACGGCGCGGCGGAGAGGAAGGUGUACAUGGACCACAACGCCACCACGCCCGUGGCCCCGGAGGUGAUGGAGGCUGUGUCGGAGGCCAUGCGCGAGGCCUGGGGCAAUCCCAGCAGCUCCUAUGUAGCAGGUAGGAAGGCCAAGGAGAUCAUCAGCAGUGCCCGAGAGAGCUUGGCGAGGAUGGUGGGAGGAAGGCCAGAGGAUAUCAUCUUUACUUCGGGGGGCACAGAGGCCAACAACCUCGUGAUCCACACCGCCCUGAGGCACUUCCGAGAGAGCCGGGAGCAGGGCCAGGACGGGCCUGGGGAUGGUGGCCCAUGGGCAGCAGGGACCACUCCGCACAUCGUGACGUCAAGCGUGGAGCACGACUCCGUGCGCCUGCCGCUGGAGCACCUGGUGAAGGAGGGCCUGGCGGAAGCCACCUUCGUGCCUGUGUCCACACGGAGCGGGCAGGCUGAAGUGGACGACGUCCUUGCUGCGGUCCGGCCAACCACCUGCCUGGUUUCCGUCAUGUUGGCCAAUAACGAGACUGGCGUCAUCAUGCCCAUCUCCGAGCUUAGCCAGCGCAUCCAUGCCCUGAAUCAGAAGAGAGUGGCAGCAGGGCUGCCCAGGAUCCUGGUGCACACGGAUGCGGCACAGAUGAUCGGCAAGGGGCGUGUGGAUGUGCAGGAGCUGGGCGUGGAUUACCUCACCAUCGUGGGACACAAGUUCUACGCCCCACGGAUCGGCGCGCUGUACGUGCGUGGCCCCGGCACCACCACCCCGCUGCACCCCAUGCUCUUUGGAGGGGGGCAGGAGAGGAAUUUCCGUCCAGGCACCGAGAACACCCCGAUGAUCGCCGGCCUUGGCAAAGCUGCAGAGCUAGUGAGUAGGAACUGGGAGGCCUAUGAGGCUCACAUGCGGGAUGUUCGGGACUACCUGGAGGCCAGGCUGGAGGCCUCCUUCAGGAAGCAGAGGAUCCACCUCAACAGCCAGUUUACAGGCUCCAAGCGACUCUGCAACACUUGUAACUUCUCCAUCCUGGGCCCAGGCCUUCAAGGGCGAAGGGUGCUGUCACACUGUAAGACGCUUCUCGCCAGCGUCGGGGCCGCCUGCCACUCUGAGAAGGGGGAUCGGCCCUCCUCGAUUCUGCUCGGCUGUGGGAUCCCCUAUGACGUGGCGCAGAACGCCCUGCGGCUGAGCGUGGGGCGAGACACGACCCGGGCGGAUGUGGAUCUGGUUGUGCAGGACCUCGUGCAGGCUGUGGCGCAGCUGGACCAGGACAGAGCCCCUUAGGCCCAGGGAAUCGUUCCCGGCCAUCACCCAGGUUCUUGGGAUGGGAUCAUGCCCCUGGGUGCUGGCUGCCUCUGUGCAAAACAGAGACCAAAACAACCUGGUUAGAGCAGCUGCCCUCUUUGUGCCAGCUGCAGGGGGGCAAGACAGUAGCCAAGCUAACAGCAAGCCACUGCUGACAGGACAGGCCCCUCCAGCCCUGCAUCCGAUCUAGCAACCAUAUGGCAGCAGACUGAGUCGAUUCCGGCUGAAUAUUUUUGGCAGGUUUAAUUUUCUACCUGGUCACCCAGCUGAACUGACCCAGCCUGCAGUUUGCGAUUGUGGAUCGGACGUCAGGGAAAUGAUGGCUGGUGGCGGCAGGAGGAGGAAGCAGCAUCACCCGUUUCAGCCGCAGCGUGCUGUUAGGCCAGCCUAGCUAUAUUUCAGCUUGCGCUCGCCGGGAUCGUGGAGGGGGCUGGCAUGUCUCCACAGCCGUGCCGCUGGAGCAGAGAAGCUAGCUCAGGCGCAGGGUGGUGGGGGCUGUGCCGAGGAGGCGGCUGUACUGCUUUGGGGAUGGGGUAGUGCAUCACGGGCUUGCUCAGGACUCUGUACCACUGCACAGUGUAGGCGUUUGGGGAGCCUUGCUGCCAGGCUGCUCCCUGCUUGUCAGCACAUAUCCAGCUGCUGCACGCAGGUGUGUGUCUGCAGACACAACGGGGUCUCAAUGCUUGACUCCCUCCAGAGGAUAACGGGCCUCCCAGGCCAUGGGAGGUGGGGCUUUUUGUCCUGAUCGUUUCCACAAAGCACGUUUGCCCGCUGUCUUAUCACUCCGAGAAGGAAAGACUGUCUCUCCCAGUGGCAAAUGAGUUUACAGUAGCAAAGCAAGGUGCUGGGCUGGGAACUGCCCUUCCCCUGACAGGGCCUUAAGCUGCCAAGGAUUUGCUGGCUGGGAAGGUACUGGGCAUGGUUUUCCCAGCGCAGCGUUGCCUUACCUGCUCCCCUUCCUCCUGUCCUUCCCACAGUGAGCAGAGCUCCUGCCGCGAACUGCAGGUGCCCCUAACGGAGAGAGUUGUGGGGGCUGCCCCAAGUGUGUGCCAACAUCUGAAGAAACAUGUUGCCCCUGUGUGUCCAAGGCGGCCGCUCUGAUCACUGACAUAGGAGGGCUCGAGCAUCACGCGCAUUAGGAGCAUUGCGGCUGGGCUGACUGAUGUCGGGGGAUCUGGUCUCCCUGGGUGUUCAUAGGAAUAAAAACGAAUGCCACUGCUGUGGCUUUUUCCAAAGUAAAA